AUUGGCAUAAUCAUACAGAUGAUCGACGAUGGACCUCUGGCACCAGCUUCACUAUUCUUUCUGCUUGUGUUUAUGCAAAUCUUUAUUGCUGGUGUAGUCCAUCCACAAGAGGUCGGUGCGUUAAUUUGCGGUUUUAUUUACUACAUAACUAUUCCUUCCAUGUAUAUGCUUCUACUUAUCUAUUCGGUUUUCAAUAUGAAUGAUGUUUCAUGGGGUACUAGGGAAGUAGCAGUGAAAAAGGAUGAUGAAAGUGGUCUUGCGCCAGGUGAUGAUGCUGAAGAAGGACGUGAAUAUUUACCCGGCUGGGUGAACGAUCCGUUAUUAGUUGAUUCGGAGUUAGGCGAGAUAUCGCUUAAAGAGAAACGUUUUUGGAAGGAUCUAAUUAAACAAUAUUUACGUCCAUUAUUUCAUACGAAGGAUAAGAAAGCUGAAAUUGCUGAAAGUUUGCGAGAAUUGCGCAAUAUGUUUGCCUUUGCUUUCAUUAUGAUCAAUUCCAUAUUCGUUCUAAUUGUAUUCUUACUGCAAUUGAAAAAGGAUUACUUGCAUCUCGAGUGGCCGAUCGAUCCAAAGGAUUAUAUAACAUACGACGAUACUAAUUCCCAAAUAUACAUAUAUCGACAGCAUAAGGAGUUGGACCCUAUUGGCUUGUGUUUUGUUUUAUUUUUUGGUCUUAUUUUGGUCAUACAAUUUAUUGCAAUGUUUUUCCAUCGCUUCGCCACCAUAUCUCAACUAUUGGCCACAACACAAUUGGAUUGGUUUCGAGCGCCGAGCACAAUUACAGACGAAGAUGCCGCUCAAGAAAUACGCGGUAAUGCCGUAAAUAUUGCUCGUCAGUUGCAACGUCCGAAACGUUUCGAUGAAGACGAUGAGGAUUCGUCAUUUGACGACGAACAAGAGUUGAAUGGUGAAGAAAAUGGGGAUAAAAAUAAUGGCAUAACGCGUCGACAUACAAUUUUCAAAUUGCACGAGAGUCGAAAUAAGACACCGACCGAUUAUAGUGACUUGCCUCGAAAUUUCGAACGUCGUUUUCUGGGCGAAGAUGAAUUAAGGGUAAAACACAUUUCGAUGAGCAGAAAAUCUCUAAUUAUGUUGAAUGAAAGUCGCUGCUUGGCAAAGCAUCGCUUGACGGAGCAGUUGAAACGGAAUACUGACUUUAAUAAAAAUCCUGUGCCUUUUAUUCAAACUGGGUACGCGAACGCAGCUUUCGAGCCUCCCAUCGCUAUCAUUUCCAAUAAUUUCAAUAGCGUAAGCGAUUGGCAGUCUUCAUAAAUUGAAUUGUAAAGUAACCGAAACGUCAAGUAUAAAAAGCAAAAUCUGAAAAGCCCGAAAUAAAUAUUUUA